AUGGAAGAGGAUGCUAAGGGAGGCAAAGUUGAUGGUUAUCAGGAAGGUGAUUGUGUUGAUUAUUCUUCUGAUGUUGUUGGAAUAAUGAAUAAUAAGUUGGAUCCUUCUAAGUUUGUUGGGAAGGGUAAUGUAGGGAAUGAAAGUAAUAAAAUGACGAAUAGUAUGAUGGUUCAGGGGAAUAGUAAAAGCAAAGAUGGGAUUUCUCAGGCAUUUGAGGAGAAGGAGGUUAUUGAUGUUAUUAGGAGUAAUAACCUUGGUAUAUGUGCUGUGGUGGAGUCUCAUGUCAAGGUCUUAAAUCUUAAGAAUGUUUGUGUUAAGACCUUUGGUCAAUGGGAUUGGGUUUCUAAUAAUAGUAGCUGUGAGGCUGGAACUAGAAUAAUUGUUGGAUGGAAUCCAAGACUUUUUGAUGUGAUGGUGAUUUCUCAGUCUAGACAAGUUAUUCACUGUUAUGUUAGAUUCUGUGAUUCCAAUUAUAGCAUGUAUUUGUCUUUUAUAUAUGCUGCUUCGAAUUAUCUUGAGAGAAGGUUAUUAUGGGAUAAUUUGAAGAAACAUAGUUUGGUUGUUAAGAAGGAAGCAUGGGGAAUAUUAGGUGAUUUUAAUGUUGCUUUAAAACCAUCGGAAUAUUCUGAAGGUUGUUCCAAAACGCCUAAAGGAGUUGAUGAUUUUAUUGACUGUAUAAACUUUAUUGAAGUUGAGGAUCUGAAUUCCUCUGGGUUUCAGUUUACUUGGAAUAAAACUCCUGCUGGGAAUAAGGGCCUUUUGAAGAAGUUAGAUAGGGUGAUGGCCAAUUUGAAAUUUGUUUCGGAUCAUCCUUUAGCUCAUGUGGAGUUCUUACCCCUGGUUAAGGAAGUUUGGGAUGCUAAUAUUGAAGGCUUUUUUAUGUUCAAAGUGUGCCAAAAGUUGAAGAUUCUUAAAAAGCAUUGUAGGGAGCUUUGCAAUAAGCACAGGGGUUCUGGGAAGAGAAUCCAAAUGUUAAGAAAGGAGUUGGAAAGUAAACAAUCUGAAAUUGAUCUUAAUCCUUUUAAUUGUAAGAUUAGGGAGGAGCAUACUAAUAUUCUUUUUGAUUUUAAUGUUGCUUGUAAUGAUGAAGAAAAGCUUCUUUUCCAGAGAUCUAAGAUAAAUUGGUUACAGGAAGGGGACAAUAAUACAAAGUUUUUUCAUAGAACUGUGAAGAGCAGGGGCAAUAGAAAUCGUAUUCUGAUGGUUAUUGAUGAAGAUGGAAGAUGGGUUAGUGGGAAGGCUAUGAAGGAUAAAUUUGUUACUCAUUUCAAUAAGUUUUUGGGUUGUAAAGAUGUUACUGAGUUUUCGUGUUUAAAUGAUGGUUUCUUUCAUAAUAAAUUGGAUAGUAGGGUGGCUGCUAAUAUGAUUAGAGUGGUGACUGAUGAAGAAAUCAAAGUGGCGAUGUUUGAUAUUGAUGAAAAUCGUGCCCUUGGACCUGAUGGAUCUAUUGUGGAUGAUAUUCUCCUUGCUCAGGAGCUGAUGGUGGGGUAUAAAAAUAAGAGGGGAGUUCCCAAAUGCACCAUAAAGAUUGAUAUUCAAAAGGCAUAUGAUACGGUGGAUUGGAAUAUUCUUAGUAGAAUUCUGCAGGGGUUUGGUUUUCAUACAAUAAUGAUUCAGUGGAUUAUGGCUUGUGUUUCUACUCCUCGGUUCAUGCUUAACUUUAAUGGUGAAGAUCAUGGGUAUUAUGAAGGAAAGAGGGGUCUUAGGCAGGUUUUUUCUUAUGGAAAUGGGAAUUCUGCUAGAGUUAUAAGGGAUGCUCUUGAUGAGUUCAAAAAAGUUUCAGGGUUGAAGGUGAGCAUGGAAAAAAGCCAGAUUUUCUUCAGUUGUGUUAAACCCAAUAUGAGAAGGAUUAUCUUGGGCAUUCUUCCUUUUGAUAUUGGGAGAUUUCCUUUUAAGUAUUUGGGAAUUCCUAUGUGUGUUACAAAAUUAUUUGAUAGAGAUUGUAAACAGCUUAUUGAGAAGAUUAAGAUGAGAAUUUUCAAUUGGAAAAGCAAGGCUUUAUCGUUUGCUGGAAGGCUGCAGCUCAUUAAUUCUGUUUUGACAUCUAUUCAUGUGUAUUGGGCUUCGAUUUUUAAAAUUCCCAUUGCUACUAUUAAAGAGAUUGAAAAGCUUUGUAGAAGUUUCUUGUGGGCGAAUGGUGAGGUAGUUAAAGGGAAAGCUAAAGUCAAGUGGAAUGAUAUUUGUAAGCCGAAAAUUUAUGGUGGUUUAGGAGUGAAGAAUUUAAGGAAAUGGAAUGAUGCUUUGUUAGCUAAACAUGUGUGGAAUGUGAUUAAUAGCAAAAAUUCUCUGUGGGUUCAGUGGGUGAAAUCCAAUUACAUUGGAAACAGGAAUUUUUGGGAUAUUUUGCAGAAGAAGAGUAUGAGCUGGACUUGGAAGAGGUUCCUUGAGGUGAGAAAAAUUGUUAGGCCCCAUGUUGUUUCGUGUGUGGGAAACGGGAUGAAUACUUCUCUCUGGCAUGAUUGGUGGCACCCAAUUGGUAUUUUAUGUUCUAUUAUAUCUAGAAGAGAUUGGGUUAGCAAUGGGUUUAGUGAUUCUUCCUUGGUCAGUGAUGUUCUAGUCUAUGAUUGCUAUACUUGGCCGGUUUAG